GUAUGUGUUGGUGAAUGUGAGUACAGGGAAGCAGUAGCAGCCGCCAUUUCAGGGAGCUUGUCGACGCUGCCGCAGGGGUGGAUCCUGAGCUGCCGAGGCCGCCGUCCUGCUCUCCCGCGCGGGCUCCUCUAAUCCCAUUGUUUCUUCUAGAUUCGCUCGGGCCUAGCCGCCCUCGGAGCCCGAUAUUCGGGCUGGGCGGCACCGCGGCCUGGGCCUAGGGGCUUAACUGUAGCGGCAGCGGCGGCGGCGGCGGCGGCAGCAGCAUCGGAAGCAGCAUUAGCAGCCGUAGCUCCUUCUCGAUUACGAGCAGCACAGGCGCCCGAGAACCCGCACAGCUGUUUAGAGAAAAUGGCAGACGAUAUUGAUAUUGAAGCCAUGCUUGAGGCUCCUUACAAGAAGACUUGCCUAACGAUAUCUCACCUCUACUCCCAUGAAUUCACCUUUGAUUCCAGUGUGAACUGUCAAUCAUAAGGUAGUAAUUGAGUGACUUAUCGCUGUACCGUGGUCCCCUAGGUAAAAUGACUCAACUAAGAAUUACCAGCUCCAGUUUGGUAUAGCAAAAAGGUGAAUGUAGUGGUUUGGGAAACAGCAGGGGUCCAAGAAUAAAAAAAAGCAUAACCAGUCUGUGACAAGUAAAUCUCCAAUAAUCAGUCUCAUGAGAAGAAGUGGGUGAGAUUUUUAAAACUCAAGUACCAGACUGGUGACAGUAAAUUUUUAAGCAGGCAGGUGGCGAUCUGCUGCUCAGUUAAUAAUUACUAAAUUCUUGGAUCCCUGAAUAGAAAAAAAUCUAAAACAAGAGACAGUAUCACAGCUUAGAGUCACUUGAUGACUGUUUUACUGUUCUCCAUAUUGUUUUAUUUUCAUUUAGGCCCUACCAUAGUAUUUCACACUAAAAACUACAAAGGAAUUGUUUUGGCUAAUAAGAUCUUUGACCCAUUUCAGUAUCAGAGUAAAAGUAAACUGUCUUUCAUUCUUUUCACCAGUUGGUGGUGAAUCUAGCAGCAUGCAUGCAUUAUCACUUGUAUCACAAACUGUAAAGCCUUGUAAAAUUAGCAGUUAUACUCCUAUAGCUGAUGUGAUCGAACUUGAAACAUUGCACUAAACCUUUUUAAAAUAAUGCAUUUAUUUUUUGAGCGUAUAGCACGACCAUGUGGUACCAAUUUGGAUGAAUUCUUGUUAGCUUUAAAUAACUUAGUUUUGUAAUGCUUGUACUCUUGAAGCGCUACUUUCUGUUUGAGUGUUAAGAUUCUUGUGCCUUAGUGUAACAUGGAUGUAAUUCCAUGUAAACAGGUAUGGAAGUAGAAAAUGUUUAGGCUGGACUGGUGGAUUAUUAAUUGACUUUCUUGGGUUCUUGGGAGUCAACAUUACUAAAGCAGUGUGAAUCCCUGUUUGCUUCAGGGCGAGAUGUGUGACAGAGGUGGCAUCAAGCUCUUACAGUCCCAACCCUCCAACGGAAAUGGGCGAAGAUCUCAGGAAUGGCAUCGGUCACAGGAAAUCGAUAGUGGCUGGCUGCUAGCAUGGCCACAUGGGGCUUAGGCAGAAAUAGAGCCAUGGUACUGACGAAAGGGAACAUAGAACAAGGAAUAAGACUCAAGAAAGGACUUCCUUCGUGUUUUAUAGAUUUCAUUUAACCACUGCAACAUUGUAAAUCUGGAUAACUUAUAAACUAAAUAAGAAAAUAAAAUUUGAUAUGCUAAUGUGGAGAUGUUCCUUUUUCUAUCUUGAUGGCUUAAUUGUAAGCAACAAAGUGGUUAAACAUACCCAUCUAAAUUUUUUUAUAGCUUUCCAUAUUAAACUAUAAGCAAAUAAUUAGUUUUAAAAUUGUUUUGUAUUUUCUUAUUCCUGUUCCCUUUACCCUUUGACAACUUGAAAUGUUACCACUUCGUCCUCAUGAUGUUCUUCUAUCAACCCUGCUUAGGAUGAGAAUAAGUUGAGCAGUGCAAACGGCCAUGAAGAACGUAGCAAAAAAACACUUUGCAUUUAAAAUUUAGAUCUUCGUCAAAUCCAGUUAUAGCAAAACACCUUACAGCAGAGGCCAUAUAACCAAAAAGUCCAAAGGCCCAGCCCAGUGGACCAUUUACUUCAAUGAUGUUCAGUACAAAUCCCCACUGCCACUAAAGACUUUGGAAAGUCCCUUUUAAGUUGUAACAGGAUUUGACUAUUAGUGAGGAUUUCGAUAACUGUUAAUGUUUUCUGAAGUUGAAAUUUGUUAUAGAGAAGUACACUGGUUUUGUGUACCCUUCAAUUUUUGAGCUUUUAUGCCGAAUGUAUUUUCUGAUUGUGUUAGUAUGCUGUGACUUUGAGUGGGGUUGCCUUCAGAUGUGGGUGGGAGCUUCUAUACAAAAGUUACUUCAGAUACCUUGAGUUUAAAUUAUUUUGCAAUUUUGACAGUUACUGGACCUGUUAAGUCAAUAGGGAAGUUGGAUACCUCUGUGCUAUGGCUGAACAGAGCAAAAAUUUGCUGUUUUUAUCUCUGGGAGAUUGGAUUGCAUUUUAUCUUGUCUCCUAUUUGAAUUCAUUAUGUUUAGGACUUUAGGUUUUAACCAACUCAGAAUUUUCAAGUUUAAGAGAGAGUGUCAGGUUUUUCAGGCAGGGAAGAUUGUUCUGUUGCCUUUCUGGACGUUGCUGUGAUGACUUCCAUAUGAAUAACGAGUGUAGCCUAAUUUUCUGUCAUGUGCUACCUAGCAUAUACAUUUCUGACAGUCAGGUGGAUUAUCUUGAAAUUUUAGACAAAGUUUCUGCCUCCUUGGAAAGCUCUACAUCUCCUUGUGAUUGGAGUGUGGGUUUCAAGAUUCCAGAAGGAGGAAAAAAAGCAAGAGCAGGAGUCGUAGUCAUGAACGGAAGAGAAGCAAAAGUAAGGAGCGGAAGAGAAGCAGAGAUAGAGAAAGAAAAAAGAGCAAAAGCCGGGAAAGGAAGCGAAGUAGAAGCAAAGAAAGGAGACGGAGCCGAUCAAGAAGUCGAGAUCGCAGAUUCCGAGGCCGUUACCGAAGCCCUUACAGACGACGUUCCCGAAGCAAAAGUCCCUUCAGAAAAGACAAGAGCCCAGUGAGAGAGCCUAUAGAUAAUCUAACUCCUGAGGAAAGAGAUGCUCGGACAGUAUUCUGUAUGCAGUUGGCAGCAAGAAUUCGACCACGGGAUUUGGAAGAAUUCUUUUCUACAGUAGGAAAGGUUCGAGAUGUGCGGAUGAUUUCUGAUAGAAAUUCACGACGUUCUAAGGGAAUUGCUUAUGUGGAGUUUGUCGAUGUGAGCUCAGUGCCUCUAGCAAUAGGAUUAACCGGCCAGCGAGUUUUAGGAGUGCCAAUCAUAGUACAAGCUUCACAGGCAGAAAAAAACAGAGCUGCAGCAAUGGCAAACAAUUUACAAAAGGGGAGUGCUGGACCUAUGAGACUGUAUGUGGGCUCAUUACACUUUAACAUAACAGAAGACAUGCUUAGAGGAAUCUUUGAGCCUUUUGGAAGGAUUGAAAGUAUACAGCUCAUGAUGGAUAGUGAAACAGGUCGUUCGAAAGGAUAUGGAUUUAUUACAUUUUCUGAUUCAGAAUGUGCCAAAAAGGCUUUAGAACAGCUGAAUGGAUUUGAACUAGCGGGAAGGCCGAUGAAGGUUGGUCAUGUUACUGAGCGUACUGAUGCAUCCAGUGCUAGUUCAUUUCUGGAUAGUGAUGAACUGGAAAGGACUGGAAUUGACUUGGGAACAACUGGUCGUCUGCAGUUAAUGGCAAGACUUGCAGAGGGUACUGGUUUGCAGAUUCCUCCAGCAGCACAGCAAGCACUGCAAAUGAGUGGUUCUUUGGCAUUUGGUGCUGUGGCAGAAUUCUCUUUUGUUAUAGAUUUGCAAACAAGACUUUCCCAACAGACUGAAGCUUCCGCUUUAGCUGCUGCUGCCACUGUUCAGCCACUUGCAACACAGUGUUUCCAGCUCUCGAAUAUGUUUAACCCGCAAACAGAAGAAGAAGUUGGAUGGGAUACAGAAAUUAAGGAUGAUGUGAUUGAAGAAUGUAAUAAACAUGGAGGAGUGAUUCAUAUUUAUGUUGACAAGAAUUCAGCUCAGGGCAACGUGUAUGUGAAGUGCCCAUCAAUUGCCGCAGCUAUUGCUGCUGUGAAUGCAUUGCAUGGCAGGUGGUUUGCUGGGAAAAUGAUAACAGCAGCAUAUGUACCUCUUCCAACUUAUCAUAACCUGUUUCCCGAUUCUAUGACGGCAACACAACUUCUAGUGCCAAGUAGACGAUGAAGGAAGAUACAGUCCCUGUGUACAUAGCUUUUUUUGUUUCUUGAGAAUUCAUCUUGAGUUAUCUUUUAUUUAGAUAAAAAUAAAGAGGCAAGGGUCUACUGUCAUUUGUAUACAAUUCCUGUUACCUUGAAAAAAUAAAAAUGUAAACAGGAAUGAAGUGUGCUCUUUCUCCCUAACUAGCAAAUCCCAAUGUAUACAAAGCUGUUCUUUUGUUCUGCCUUUUAAAAUGUACAAUGUAGAAAAAUAACAUUAAGGGUCUAUAGGAAUAGCUCUAGGGGAACAAGUGUGCUUUCUGUAUAAAGGCAGAGAAGGAUUUAAUGUUGUUUUUAAUGUUCCGGAAGCCUAACUUUUUACACAACAGCUACAUUUCACUAUUGUUUAAACUUGGUUCAUGGUUUAGCAGGUUUCUGGCACAUGUGUAGUAUGGAAAUUUAAGACAGCGAAAAGGCUGUUUGGGGAACAUCUCAUCUUGCAUUCUUAUAUUUUAGCAAGAAAAAGGAAACUUCAAAAUUAUAUUUCCUGAUGGUAUCUUUUCAAUUAAUGUAUCUGUAAAACUUACUUUGUAAAUACUAUGUGUUCUGGUGUGUCUUAAGAUUCCAAACAAAAUGAUCCCUGCAUUUCCUGAAGAUGUUUGGAUAACAAAGCAGUCUGAUUAAGAAAUAGGAAAUGCAGAAAUAGGUUUUGUCUGGUUGCAUAUAAUCUUUGCUCUUUUUAAGCUCUGUGAGCUCUGAAAUAUAUUUUUGGGUUACUUCAGUGUGUUUGACAAGACAGCUUGAUAUUUCUAUCAAACAAAUGACUUUCAUAUUGCAACAAUCUUUGUAAGAACCACUCAAAUAAAAUUCUCUUUAAAAGGC